CUCGAAUGUUCGGGAACGUGAGUGACACACAUUGUGUAUGAAUCGAUGAAUUCGAGAAUGUUUUAAAGUUAACAAGCUUGUAUGAAUAAUAAGGAUCUAUUUUUAAUACUUUAUGAAAAUAAAAUUAUUUUAAUGUUUAACGACGACAUAUAAUAUUAAAUAUUGAAUUAAAUAUUUUACUAGAUAAUUUACCAAAAAAACUGAUAAAUAAAUUCCAAACUCUACAUUACAAUUUAAGUUAUUUUGAAUGGUAUUUCUAAUAGAAACAAAAGUAUAUAGAAAUAUUGUAGGAUAAUAUGAAUUUUUUCAACUAAAAGUACAGUAAUAAGUUCAAAAAAGAGGAUAUUUUGUAAAGUACUAUGUUAUUGGAAUAGUUUGUGAAAAUUUGCAACUAAUGGAGGAAAACUUCACAGAUGUAACCGGUUUCACAGAAUUUAUUGAAAAAACUAUGAAUUUAGUUAAGAAAAAUGCCAGUUAGACUUAACUAAAAAGCUUAACGUACAGAAGUUCAUUAACAUGUAAAUAGUCUUUGCAUUUUUUAUUAUAUUCCAUAAAAACGGAUCCUUAAAAAUAAGUAAAUAUUGUAUCAACAUAAAAAUUUUCCUUUGUAAAUCGUUUCAAUACAAAGUAUAUGUAAAUUAGAAAUUAUUGUUGUAAUAGUACAAAAUUGAUGAUAAUUAGUUGAUCAUGUAUUGAAGGUCAAAAAUAUUUUUUAUACACCUGAUAAUUAGAGUCGCCAUGAACAUUAAUCUGAUUUUAUAUAUUUUCUAUAUACUUAAAUAUGAAAACUGCACUGAACGUUGAUAAUUAUUUUUUUUAAUUUUGAUCAAGAAUUUUAUUCUUUAUACUUUAUUCUAUAUUUAUUCUAUAUUUAACUUUCCAAGUAAGAAUUUGAAUCGAUUAUAGAAAUUUGUUCGAUUAUUCCUAUCGAAACGGUUGGUUAUGGAUACGCGGCCAAUAAUCCGGAUUUUAAACAUAUGCUGAUAUAUGAAAUACUACAUGUAGGGAAACUUUAUCAAGAGAACUCAUAAUAAUGUCAAGAUACACCUUAUGAGUAUUGUUUUCGAAGAAGUAUUUAUGAUAGUAUAGUAGUUUCGGGGACUAAAGUAUUAGAGACAAUAAAAUGAAAAAUAUUUUAUUUGUGUAUGAUUUGAUUUCUCGUUAACAUACAAACUAUUCAAUUUUUUUAUUGUAAUGCCAAACUAAAUAGUUGUAUUUCUUAUAAUUGCUAAUAGAACAGCUCAACCAGUAUAUGAUACACGCAGUAAAUUUCUCAUGUACCUCUUUCUCCUUCUUGCUCUCGAUCCAUAUCUUCUUUUUUGUUUCAUGUUGAUAUUGACAAUAUUGUUUUUGGUUUGAACGAUUCUUUAUCAUAUUCAUUCAGUUUGAUGUCCAGUAACCAAUAGCGAACUCAUUUGAACCAAUUCUUACAAAAGCCGUUGAAAAUUUAGGAAUUUAUCGAGGAUUAAUUUCAAUACGUCACUAAUAUUGUGUUUUAUAUGCAGUUCAAAAUAAUUGAGAGUAGUUUAUUUAAAAGCUAAUCUAUUUAAAAAUUAGGAACACUUCGUGUACCUUAUUCUUGUAAUUGCACAAAUUUUCAUUCGAAUUAUUUUUUAGUGAACAAGACUUUAUUUUGAAUGUUUGUAUGUGAUAAAUCUAACCGUUAAAUUACUAGUUAUUAUAAAAUUUUAAUUAUUUGAAAUAUUUUUAAAAUACCGACCUGUGACUGACGUAUCAGCAGUCACUACCAAUUUUUUGUUGCUAGCCUGGUAUAUACUCGAGAAGCCGAGAAUUUUCUACGUUCUCUCAUUGGUUAAAUGUAAAUUGAUUGUUCACGAACUUUCUCGAAACACUUCGGUAAGUAUAUAACCGGCUCUAGCCGGCGUUGAUGUCAGUUUCUACUGUUAGCAGUUUGUGAGAAGUGCCACAGUCGAAAAAGUUAUUCGCAGCAAAUUUACAAAAAAAAAAUAAGAAAAUGUCUCUAAUUCCAUACUUGUUCGACGACUCCUAUUUUGCGAGACCGUCAAGAAUUUUCGACCAACAUUUUGGAAUGGUGUUGGAGCCCGAGGAUUUAUUCCAACCGGUUUCCAGACAUUUCCUUCGUUGUCCGGCUGGCUACAUAAGAAAUUGGAAAUCUGCAGCGUCGGAACAUGAUUCUGGAUCCGUCGUCAAUUACGGUAAAGAUCAAUUUUUGGCCAAUUUGGAUGUGCAACAAUUCAAACCUGAUGAAAUUUCUGUAAAAGUCACUGGAGAGAACACAAUUACCAUCGAGGGUAAGCACGAAGAAAAGGAAGAUGAACACGGCCACAUUUACAGACAUUUCCUUAGAAAAUAUGUCGUACCUAAAACUUACGAUAUGAGCAAACUCGAAUCAAAGUUAUCUUCUGAUGGAGUUCUUUCCAUUACGGCGCCAAGAAUUGAUGCAGGACAAAUAACCCACAAAGUUAUUCCUGUAGAACAAACCGGACAACCUGCCAAGGCCAUCGAAAAGGAAAGCGGAGCGGGUGAUAAGAAGUAAACUUUUACUCUCGCAUUUUUACAUGUUUAAUUUGUAAGUUUUUUUAUACCACUGCUUUUGUAUUUUUUGUUAAUUUUGAUUUGGGGUUAGUUCCACAAUUUAUGUUUUUUUUUUUAAAUUUGGUUCUAAUUUUAAGUGAUGAUUUGGAUAGUAUUUGUAUUUGUAUAAUUAGUCACUGUAAUGAUUUUGUAAGACUGGUUAACAUAAUAAACUUAUCGUUAUAUUGAUA